AUGGCGGAGCAGACGCGCGGCCAGGCGGGGCCCACGUCGCCGUCCCUCUCCCUCUCCCUCUCCCCCGUGACGCCCGUCACGCCGGAGGCGCCGUCGUGCGUUGGGCUGCCCGCCAUCCUCGCGUGCGAUGAGGCGGCGGCGGUGCGGCCGCGGCAGCAGCAGCAGCAGCAGGAGGCGCUUCCGCUGACGGCCCUGCGCUCCGUCUGCGAGCAGAUGGGGAGGGUGCUGCAGCGCCAGGAGACCUCCUUUCGCGAGGUCGACGCCUGCGUCUCGCGGCAGAGCUCGUUGGCGGCGGCGUCGCGGGCGCUUCUAGAGGCGUCAUCCCCGGAGCAGGAAUCGUCCUGCAGUCAGCCGCGCGACGAGGAGCAGUGGCACCGCCCCCAUCAGCACCAGCGGUCGCGGGAGGAGCUUGCGGACGCCGUGCUGGCCGUGGAUGAAGCGACGUCGCUCGCUGCGACGCCACGGACGCGCUCCGUCACGGGCUGCCGGCCCUUCGCCGCGGCGCCGGUGUCCUCGUGCGAGAUGACGUGCGAGGAGCAGCGGCAGGUGCUGGCACAGGCGCAGCAGCGGGAGCCGCAACGGCGCCAGUGCGAGGAGCCUCAGGAGUCCGUGUCCGGCGUGGCGGCGGACGACGCCCAAGACGUCAUCACGCUGCAGCCAAGUCUUAAUUGCCUCGUCUUUGAUGCCGCGGCGACGCCGUGCCAAUUGCUUUCUCCCUUCCCAACACCGGUGGGAACAGGCUUGCUCGUGCCCUUGAAGUCACCCAUGGUACGGCUCGACAGCAUCCCAAGCGUCUCCAUCUCCCCCCUCUCCCGGCCACUGUCCGCGCUUAUGGAAAGCCCCACUUUUGCACUGCUGCCCCGACGCGAGGGCCUUGCGCCGAUGGGGACCUCUACCCCAUUGCAGCUGUCAGUCCAGCAGCCGGGCACCGACGCCUCGUCGUCUGACUCCGUGCCCCUGGCAAUUUCGCCGUCUCCGCUUACGCGCGGUGUGGGGGAAGCGGGGGCCGCGGCGGGGCACCCCUGGAGCGCGUCCGGCGUCAUCGACCUGAGCUUCAAUCGGACCCCGAAGUGCUCCCUCAACUCCAGCCCCUCCCACCGAGUGCCGGGGCCGGCCUCUGCGCGCAACGCAAGCGGCACCAGCGACUUCUUACUGGCGCACUCCGUGAGCACGGACUCGGCGGCGCACGUGCCCACGGGGCAGGAGCGGGGCGAAGCGACGAGGGCGCCCCCCUUCUCACGUGUGCCGCCUGUGCAGACGAUGCGUCGGCCCCCAACGGUGCCGCGGCGAAAUGUCCCGCUAGAAGUUUCCAUGAGUGGCGACGAGGUCCGCAUCUCCGACGAGGAGCCGCUCCACGCCGAUUUCAGUGGGGAGGAGUUCAGCAGCAUCAGCAUCGGCGAGGAGGAGGGCGGCGGGGAGGCCUUGAUGACGCGGUGGCAGCUGCACCAGCGUCUCUUUGAGCCCUCGCCGUCGCGGUGGCGGAGCUCGCGGGGCCACGGCGCCCGUGCCGCCCCCAAGCGGCCUAAGCGCGGGCGGGCUGGGCGGUGGGACAUGUUCUCGCGGCUGCGGGAGUUGGAGCGGAUCCGCGUCAGCAACCACGAGGCGCUGGAGGAGCGUGAGCUGCAGAGCCUCCUCUCUUCCGAGGCCAACCUCAACCCGCUGGAGGCCUCGUGGAUGGAGAGCGAGACGAGUGAGAGCGGCGGCAGCCCCGCCGGUCGACGACGGCGGCGCCGCGGAGAGGCGGGCGCGGAGCCGCGGGAGGCGUCAGUCGUCAAAGACACGGCUGCUUGCAGCAGCCCGAGUCAGGCGCACGACGAUCAUGCGGGUGGGGGGCGGGGGCCGCAAGUGCGCCGAAGUCGGCGCCGGAGGAGGUGCAGCUCGUUGCACACGCAGCGCCGGCGGAAGCGGCAGGGGGGAAGCCGAGCGGCAAGGGCGACGGCACCAGUAGGAGCAGUGAUGGCGGGGGGAGUGACGGCAGUGACGUGUCGCUUGUGCCCUUGCCCUUUGCGGGGUUCUCGACGGGGCGAGGGAGGCAAACGAGUGCCGCCCCCACGGAGCUUGGCGGCGCGGGCGAGGCGAGGCCGCUGGGGCACCUCGGCGGCGCGGGCGACACGGAUGCCGCGGGGCCUCUGCAACACACUCCAGCCCAGGGGGCGCCGGCGACGCACGUUUUCCUGUCGCCUCUGCAGAGCGCCGAGGGAGACGCGGCGGCAACUGCCGAGGAGGGGGGCACGGCUGCCUCCCCCGGCACGCCGAACCCCGCCGCAGGCGCGCGCGACGUCAGCCUCAGCCCCCUCCGCCUCGAUCAGGCCCUGCGGUCGCGCAAGAAGACACCCGGGUCCACGCCGCGGGUGCUGCUGA